UACGACGGGUUGAACGAACAGUCGUUUACAGAGCCACCCCCAGCAAUCACGGCAGCACGAUGGAAAAUCGACAAUCCGGAGCUGAAAGCCAGUGUCAGGACUUCCGAUGGAACACGAAGCAUUGUCAAGUACGAUUGAGUUCGCAAUAGAAUCUGGCCCAAGCAUUCCAGACAUGCGAACAAUCUGAUUCUUUGGAUCUGGUGGUAUCGUAAACAUGCAUGUCACAAGCUUGCGCCAUAUGCUUUUACCAGCAGCAAAAUGCCUUACAGUGACUACGAAUGGGUACUACAUCCUCAACUGGUACGUGAUCACACACACAUUCGAGUAGUACCAGUGUCUGACGGAUUGAAGCAACUCAGAAAUGAGUCUGCUGGGCCUGGCAAGUCAAGCCAAUCUGCUUUUAUCAUAAAAGACGAAGAGGUUGAUGUGAAGCGAGAGAUCGAGGCUCCCAGUCGUAACCUAGACACACAGGUCGACGAACGAAGACUGAGUCGCGACCAGCCUCCUGAAGAUCCGCUUGCUGUGCAUCCUCAGAGCGUGCCAGAGUAUGCCAACGAUACUCUUUCAAACUCAAGACAGACGAUCAUGGCCCAACUAGGUAUCUCUGUUCACCACUAUUAUGACUUGUUGGGCAAACUCAACGCGCUUGACGCCCUGCAACGAAUUGAGAAUGACCGUCUUCGAGCCCUCCAAUCAAAAAGCUCGUCUGCGUCUGCGCAUUCGGCCAAUCGGUCGUGGAACAAACACAAAGAUGCGUUUGGCUGGACAGCACUUCCAUUCCCACCAUCGGACCUUGACCCUCAGCAAUUUUCCUACCACAAAACAGCGCCGAACGCCUUCAGCCACUCUCGAUCCUACCAUGCUCGCACCGAACUAACACCUGUUCUCGCUCAUCAGGAAGUCUUGGUACGAUUUGAAGCGGACAACUCCCAUGGAUAUGGAACUGCUUCCAACAGCAACAUGACCUCGGAGGUUUAUACAGGUCUGCCUGUCAAUAAUCACAUCAAUUCUCGAGUCCAGCCGGUCAAGAACAAGCGUCGUCACCCAGAUGAGAGACAGCCUCGUUCAAAUUGCGAAGGUCCAUCGGCAGUUAAGUCGAACACCGAAUUAUCAGGGCAUCCCAACUGGAAGUCUGACACCGUGCCUCACACCUCUACUUAUCCAGACGAGAUGAUACGGAGGCAGAAGCAUAAGAACGUUUCGGUGAACCGCGGAAACUACUCUGGCAACCCUGAUUAUGUGGCUCGAAAGGGAGUCGAGGGUAUGUCCAAGCAGAAGAAGAGCGGCUACAAGACACGCAACUCUAUCCCAAGGUCUGAUGGAACUUCCAACAUCGAGAGCGAUAAUCUGCCAAGUCCGGGUCCACCAGACGAAUAUGAAGGAAAAAGUAGAGGAAGCUGCAAACUCAUGCUCACGACGAUGUUGAAGGAAGGUCAGAGGGCAAGUCGACCAAGUCAAAGCCUAGCUCUCUCGAGGAUUCAAAGACAGUGAAGACAAAGAAGCGGAAGAUGGAUGGCCGAGAAGCAUGUUACACUCCCAUCUCCGAAGCGGAAGGCAGAAAGAAGAAGUCAAAGGAAGGAAGAUUGAAGAAGCCCAAAAGUCAUUCAGUCAACUGUGAUUCCGCGAGAAGCGAAUCGCAUCAGCAGGAG